AUGUCUCACCAGCGAGUUCAUACCGGGGAGCAGCCGUUCACCUGCUCGGACUGCUGGAAGGGAUUCACUUGCUCAUCUAAACUGAAGGUUCAUCAGCGAGUUCACACUGGAGAGAGGCCAUUCAUCUGCUCAGACUGUGGGAAGGGAUUCACUUGCUCAUCUACACUGAAGGUACAUCAGCGAGUUCACACUGGAGAGAGGCCAUUCAUCUGCUCGGAAUGUGGGAAAGGAUUCACUCAGUCAUCGAGCCUACAGAGACACCAGUCAGUUCACACUGGGGAGAGGCCAUUCAUCUGCUCUGACUGUGGGAAAGGAUUCACUCAGUCAUCGAACCUACAGAGACACCAGCGAGUUCACACUGGGGAGUGGCCAUUCACCUGCUCAGUGUGUGGGAAGGGAUUCACUUGCUCAUCCCAACUGAAGGCACAUCAGCGAGUUCACACUGGGGAGAGGCUGUUCAUCUGCUCAGACUGUGGGAAGAGAUUCACAUGGUCAACCGAUCUGCUGACACACCAGCGAGUUCACACUGGGGAGAGACCGUUCACCUGCUCAGACUGUGGGAAGGGAUUCACUCAGUCAUCGAGCCUACAGAGACACCGGCGAGUUCACACUGGGGAGAGAAUCUAUGGCGAAGGAACAUGCGGUGCCCGUGGAUACAAUCCCGGGAUCGAGUGUGUUAUUGAUUGCCGCUCGGCCCGAAUCCCUCCGGCUGUCCCGUGCAGUGGGGAACGUGACGUCACUGAGGCCCGUCACAGGCAACAGUGGGCCCAGGAUCGCUGGAGAAGAUGGAGACGAGCUCUGUCGGUGCGGGCUGGUUAG